AGUUUAGGAUGCCAAACCCCUACAGAACUGGAAGAAAAAGGCCACUGCCGAGGCCACUUCCGGUACUCUGAGCUCUCGGGUGGUCACUCUGAUGGCCUCAUGGUCCUGCCUGAAACAGAAGGUCCACCACCUGCUUCUGUAGCAUCAAGACUUCUGUUCUGUGGCUAAGCUUCCUGCCUAUGCAAUAGUGGCUGGGAGGGGCCAAGUGCAUUCCACUGGGGCCACGCCUACUGGUAAAGAUAUAAAUAGUGAUUCUCAGGACUGGUCGUCAGAGCUACCCUGCCUUCAUCAUGAAGUCCGGCGGCCUCUUUCCACUCCUGGUUCUCCUUGCUCUGGGGAUCCUGGCACCCUGGACUGUGGAAGGAGGCAAAAAUGACGCUAUCAAAAUCGGAGCCUGCCCUGCUAGAAAGUCUGUCCAGUGCCUUAAGCUUGAGAAACCUCGGUGUGAAACCGACUGGGAAUGCCCGGGAAGGCAGAGGUGCUGCCAAGAUGCUUGUGGUCUCAAGUGCAUGAAUCCUGUUCCCAUUCGCAAAACAGUGAGGAGGAAGCCUGGGAAGUGCCUCAAGUUUCAAGGAAAGUGUCUGAUGCUCAACCCGCCCAACAUCUGCCAGAGGGACGGCCAGUGUGAAGGCAGAUACAAGUGCUGUGAGGGCAUGUGUGGCAAAGUCUGCCUUCCCCCGGUCCUGAUUCCUGACAUCUGGCAACAGCUCUGGACUCCGUGUGUUCUGGAAACGACUCCCCUGCAUCAGGCUUCCCGGACCUGGGUUCCACGGCUCCCGGCCUUGGAUCCUGUGGAUAAGUGGAUAAGGUUUACUUCCACCACCAACAUCUCCUUUUGGCCCAUGCUCAGCAUGCAUCCAGCUUUAAGGAAAUGCUGUUGGAGAGCAAAUAAAUAAACGCAUUUAUUUCUCUAUGCA